GAUCUGAAUUCUUUAUCUCUUGCAAAAUAUUUUGUAUAUGCGCCUAGACUCGAAGAGUUAUUGCUUUACAAUAAGACAGAGAAUAGUCAAGUAGAUAGAGAUAUCCAAGAAUCUUUGACUCAACAAACUUUAACCAGUUUAAAUGAUAAUAUGCCUAAAGAAUCAGAAAUCUCUAAUAAGAA